UGUUUUGUAUUUGAUCUGUGAAGUGUGAAUGUUAAUUUUUUCUGGCUCGCGACUCGCGUUAUUUGCCAUCAUUAUAGUAACGUAGUUUGUAAACGUGUUUGGUUUUUAUUUUAUUUACUUCUAUUUUGAAAUACUUUAAAAAUGGCCUUAGCCCAACCAUAUGUGAGGACAGAAAUAGACUUUGAUCGAAAUUGGAUUGAAAAAAUCAUUUUAGAACUCGCGGAUGCCUUUAAAAUCAGAAUUGUAUGGGACUUAGAUACUGCCCUGCUGGGUGGGGCAUUUGCAUUAGCUGGAGGAGCACUUGGGGGUUAUGCUGGUGGUAGGCUUGGGGCAGCCCUAGGGGCAGGGAUUGGAGGGGCAGCUGGUAUUGGUGUUAGGUCCGUAGUAAGUCUCCGCGAAAUCUGGUCAACCAUCAAAGAGAAGCUCAAGGAGCUAGUCUAUAUAGUAUUUAACUUUAUGCGUCGUAUCGAUCCUGUGGAUUAUAUGAGAGCCUACGACAUCCUAAUGGCCUGUACUACGAGUCGACGCGAACUCGUGGUCACUAUUCUAGAUUUUAUCGUCGAAAAACUUGGUAGGGCGGUGCUAUCUAGUAUAACGGCUGCUUAAACAAUAUUAUGUUGAGGCUUUAGAACAUUUAUCCAAACACAUUGAACUAGGUAGGAUAAUUGAUUAGAAAUAACAGUAGUUUGGAAUUAUAAUCUCACUGAUGCAAUUGGUUAAGCUCUAAUUUUUAUCUUUUGGCGCCAACAGAAUAUUGCAUAUGACAUGGAUUUUAAUAUAGAAUAGUGUUGUAGAUAUCUUGUUGAACCUUGUGAUUUUAUAUUCUGUAUCUCUCACUUUCCAGCUAUCGCUUUUUACUUGUUUUGGAUUUUAUUUUAGAAUAACUUAUCAAAUUAUGUACAUCAUUGCCUUACACAAAAUCAAAUAAAUUUUUACGUUAUUAUAAAAAAGGGGAUUAUUUUGAUCAUGUGAAAUCUAUUUUUCAAUUAACUAUAUAAUUUUUAUAUCAUACUGAUAAUAAUUUCAAAAUGCUUAAUUGAACCUUACUUUAUUUGCUCUAUAGAUCUUAUACCAAAAAUUAUUUUCAAAUACUAAACAUGUAUUGAUUAUUUAUAACAUUAGGUAGGGUACCUACCUAUAAUUGUAAUUCAAACUUGUCCUCGCUUACCUGUUGUGAUUUUCCUUAGUUUAGUUCUAUUUUUUUUUUUAAUUUGUGUUUGAAAGUAAUACAUUUUAGUGUAAUAGGUGUUUAAGGUGUGGUGGAAUUUGCUUAUAAUGAUAUGGCUUGAUACUUGGGACUUCAAAAAAAAAAUUACUGCGGUUACAUGAGAAAUGCCUUUAAUAAAUUUCCCAAAAAUGUUAUCAUACAAAUGUAAUAGAAAUCUUUUACGAACGUAUCAUCCACAUGGUUAUAAGCCUUGGCCAAUCUAGCUCAAUACAGGAAAGAAUCCAUCCAUAAAAAUGUAGUUUUAUAUUUAUGAUAAUCAACAUAUAAAUUGGUGAAUUGUGUGAUAUUCUUUGAUGGCUAAUAAAUACAUAUCAUUUGAA